AGCCGGGUCAAUAAAUGAUAACACUGUACUACCCGGAGUUUGUAAGCUGCGAAACGCACCAGCGGAGAUAUUACGAACACCUGGCACAAACAAAGCUUGGUGGACACGACUGACCAGCUGUGUUUGACCUGUGCAGUCACAUGACCCUAAUUAGGGUAUAUUACGUAAUGUAACGAAUAUAAGUGAGCAGGAGCGAGUGGGGACUUUGAACGCUAUAUAUAGUUUUCAUACAGAUAUGGACCACUGUUCUGCACAAACUGACCAGUCUCAUCAUAUCAUCCAUUAACAUCGUUUCCCGUACGCAACCUCAUGAAAGAAUCUCAAGAUCGUCUUCCGUGCGUUCUGAAACUGUGCACUUAUAUCACUCAACAACAUAGCACUACUAUUGAAGAAGCACGGAUGCGUUAAUGAGAGAUACUGCAAUACUGGAGCACAUUCGCAAGCAGUCCCAGUACGAAGGGGCACUGAUGCUUUAUGGUACAGCGCAAACACAAAGGAAAUGGCUAUCUCAAGAGAGAAAGAUGGCGUUAAAGAACCCAUGGGUGAACAGGAGGAUACAGAGGAUCUCCCCAUAGACAGGGGAUGGGCGUGGUUUGUGUUAGCAGGAUCUUUCUUGAACAUUGUGCUUAUGGUCGGUUACAUCAAGUCUCUAAGUAUCCUGUUUGUGGAAUACCUGCGCCUGUUCGAGGCAUCUGUGACGACGACCACCCUCAUCAUGGGGGUCACGGCCGGGGUCUUCAGUAUAUCAGCUUUGUUCAGUAUGCACUUUGUGCUUGAGAAACUGGGCAUUCGAAAGACGGUGAUGCUGGGAGCGGCCAUCACUUCAGUGGCUAUGCUGGCAGCGGUCUUCGCUCCAAACCUCACGUUUCUCAUCUGUGUACACUGUGUUCUGACAGGUAUAGGGAAUUCAAUGAUCAACGGACCUGGCAUAGUCGUUAUCGGACGAUAUUUCAAGAAGCGCCGCGGAUUAGCCACUGCUAUUUCAAUGUCUGGAAUAAGCAUUGCGUCCGGGGUAUUCCCGAUGGUUGUAAGACUCCUACUUGAUGAGUACGGCAUCCGCGGCACCAUGCUGAUAUGUACAGGGCUGACGAUGAACAUGUUCGUAGGAGCAACUCUAUUCAGGCCAAUCGAGUCCUUCAAAAAGAAGAAACGUCCUAUACUGGACGUUGAGGAAAAUGGAAAUCCGGACAGCAUUAAUAAACACCCUUCCACCGAUAGACAAAACGGAAAUGCCAAAUCAGAUCUGAAGGUUAAACAAAAAGAUAAAUUGACCGGGAAUGUGGAUAAAAGACAUAAAGUGUUUGAGGACGGUUUGGAAACUCCACUGUCUUGCUCUGCUGAUUCACACAAGGACACCCCACUGUCCCCUUUGGCACGUCCUCGAACAGUUUCUAAUGCAAGUCGAACAAUUUCGGAAUCUGAGAAAAGAAUGUUUACGAGUGAUCCGGAGUUAUUAUCGAUUUCAAUUUUAGACUUAGCUCACGCAGGAAAAGACGAGUUCCGAGCAAAAACAUCUUCCUUUGGGGAGGAAAAAUCCAAAUGUUGUAAAAGUAACAUUUUAGACCUGUCCUUGAUAAAAAUGCCGAUGUUUCAACUUUUUGCCAUUACUUCUGUUUUUGGGAUAUGCAUUAACCUGACAGUAAACUAUAUACCUGCUUUCGCCAACGAGAACCACAUAAACAAGACUGACUCUGCUCUGUUACUAUUGAUAAUGGGAUCUACAGAUUUCUUCUGCCGGAUAAUUCUUGGUGUUUUGGUUGAUUUAAAGUUGCUAAAAGUGAACCAAAUAAUGGCAAUCGGUUUGAUUCUUUCUGGCACCAUGGCCCAGUUCACCUUCUUUUUCACAACGUAUCCUCUGAUGAUCAUGUUUUCUAUAUUCCACGGAAUUUUUGGAAGCUCGUACCAAAGCCUUGUGCCAAUUCUGAUAGUGGAUUAUAUGGGCUUGGAGUACAUGGGGAAGACGCUUGGUUUCUCGUCCAUGCUUCAUGGGAUGUCCAUUGCGAUGACGCAUCCAAUUCUGGGCAGCAUCAAGGAGGCCAGUGGCACCUACAGCUACUGCUACACCUACCUUGGAUGCUCCGCCUAUGUAGCAGCCGGCCUCCUGCUAGUCGGAGAACCAUUGGUUAGGAGGAAGGUCAAGGCCAAAGAGAUAGGAAACGAGGGGGAUAAAGAAUCAAACGCUCCCUUAAAGGAUACCACAUAACAUAUUCCAUGUUCAUAUCCUUGACAAUGGUCUACUUUCAAUUUCUGACAAAACGAACAUUGAUUCUAAAGGGUAUGUAUCUGCAGAGGAAUCUUUAGAUUUGGGCAGCAUUCCAGACUGAAAUCACUUGCUUUGAACAUUCGAGGUGCAAGUGAUAGGCUUUAGAUAUUGUACUCAUGUGGGACAUCAAAUUCGGAUCUUCGGCGUUAUGAGCCAAAGGUGAACUCUGUAGUUAUUGUACGAAACGUUAACUUUAAUUAGCUUACGUUUCGUAUUGUUUUCUAGCAAUUUACGAAACUUUUAUUUCACUCUUACUCUGUAUUGUGUGGUAUCACCGAUAUCAUUGGUACAAUAGUCAGAAGUAUCAUUGUACCCCGGUACAGAAUAUUGUAAGAUGUAUGUCAUUAUAAUUAUUGUAAAUUUUGUGUAAACAUUUAUGAUUCAAAUGUUGUUUGCCGCUGUUACAAGUACUAAUGCCGUUGGUUUAGCAGAAAAUACUUCAUUGCCUGACAUUACUGGAAAGGCGCCGUUUUGACAUUAGGAAGAAGGAAUGAACCUACCGUCCUAUGAAACUACCCAUGAACUCUAUCUUGAAACAGUAAAUAACAAGUAGCUAUAGGUGAGUGAGUGAGUAUUGUUUUACGCCGCUUUUAGCAAUAUUCCAGCAAUAUCACGGCGGGAGUAGCUAUAGGUAGGUAGGUAGGCAAUAAGCAAUGGGCUAUUGAGAACAUGUACUAAACAAACAAUCGGAACAAUUACUUACACCAAGAUAUACUGAAUUCGAAUUCAAACGAUUUGGAAUUUAUGUUUAUGGGAUAGAACAUGUCAUUGAUCCAUUCAAACUGUAUGUCAGAAUUUUCAUCCAAGGGACGGCACAAUGGUACAUGUACAUGGCUCGUCGCUCUGAUGUUGUUCCAACUUCUUUGGUCACAGUUAAAACUGUCGUGAUAUGGUUUCGCACUUAUUUAGCUGAAUCCCGAUGCCCGUCCGCGUUUCCUACAGUCCAGGUUAGAGCGAGACUUAAGGAACAAAUUUCCAAAAAUACGCCAAACAAGAUACUUUUUUCUGCAUGGAGGUCCGUAAUUGUUCCUUUAGUACCUUCAUGUUGUUUCACGUUGGGUAUCUCCACACAGUCGUUAUUUUAAAUUUCAACAAAUUAUAGGACCAAACCGGUACUAUAUCCUGUGUGGUAUUAAUAUUAAUGCUUCUUUCUCGAUCGUUAACCCAUGGCAAGGUGGAUGUCAAGUACACUACUGUUCACAACUAACCUGCUUAUCGAAGAACCUGUACGUUUGCAGAAUGAACACUUGUUUGCGGAAUUACUCUGGGACGUUUGCGGAAUUAUCGCGGUAUAUUUGCGGAAUUAUAGCGGUACGGUUUAUAUAUUUCUGCAUUCCGCAGACUGUUACGCAGUGUCUCAUUUUGGAUAGACGUCAGUACACUUUAAAUGUUUUGUUUAAUAAAGUUUGUUCUUGAACUGAUGUGUGACAUUUAAAUAAACAGACGCCAAAGUACUGAAUAUAGUUCAGAACAAAUUGUACAGUGUACUGUUAUAUUUGCAUGUUAUUGUCAUAUGAUUAAGAAAUGUUUAUUAAACUUCAAAAUUAGGUUUG